AAUUUGUUCCCAUUAGCAGCACAGGAAUGUUUCAAUCAAAUUAAAGGCAACUUAACAUAUAAACAUCUAUCAAAUAGUGGGAAUCAAUAUGACUGGACAAAGGAUAAAUUAUAGGAUGUACUACGAGAAAUAUGGAAUAAAUAAUUUCGUUACUCAUUUUCCGAAAGACAAUUUCAUAUGUUAACAUUGACUGUUACAUAACAACAUGUAACAAUCAUAUUCAUGACAUAACAUUUGUGUGCUGUAUGCUGUAGCAAGUCAGUGACCAUGAUUCUGUUCAAGAUGAGAAAAAUGAGAAAGCUCAUUUUAAUUUCAACUUUUGUAUUUCUUACUACAGGAGCCUUAUGGUUCAAAGCUUCUCCCACAUCAACAUUUUGUACACAACAUAACAACAAUUGGAAAGUAUUACUUUCUGAAGCAUUGCCAGAUGGGACACAUGAACUGGUAGCUUAUUCAGCUUACUAUGACAACAGGACAGCAGGAAAGCAACACAUCAGAAUCAUAAGUGCUACAAACUUUACUGACGAUGAUAGACUGUAUUGUGAAUUGUUAUAUGAAGAUGGGCAAACUAUUGCAUCUACAGUAGAAAUUGUGACUCUGAAUCAGCAAUCAAAUGUGAAGUAUCCAGCCGUGUUUGUACUUUGUGAAAUUCCAAUGAAAAUUAAGGAAGAACAAAAUAAGGCUUCAUUGCCCAUUUAUGAACAACAGAGAGCGUUAGGUAAGCCCUGCGCUGUGUCAUUUUCUAUUCAUCAUUCAAAGGAGAAUGAAGAAGGUAAGCUAAAGGAUUAUAUACCAGUACAAUACCAAUCUAACGGUCAUGGUGCUAAAAUUAAAAUGAGGAACUUUGCAGUAUGUUUACCACCAUAUUCCAUCGAUAACAUAUCCCCAGAGCACUUAGUAGAAUAUCUGGAACUGUAUCAACUUUUAGGGGUACAGGAUUUUUAUGCUUACUCAAAUUCAGAGACGAUACCCAAGGAGACAAAACAAGUGGUCGAUUUUUAUAUAAAUAAAGGCCGAUUAACAGUAUUACCAUGGAAACCAUUUAGUGAUACACAAGACACAAAUUAUGAAAUGGCUGCAAUCAAUGACUGUCUGUAUAGAACAAUGUUCAGGUAUCACUAUGUCAUAUUCACAGGCCCUAUGGACUUUAUCAUCCCCCAUGUUAAGGAUAACAAAAACCUUGGAGCUCUUAUGGAGCACCUUGAUCGAACCACAGUUAGACCGGGAAGCUUUGCAAUACGUCGGGCAGUUUUCCAUACCAAACCAGAAAACCAUAUCAACUUAGACACUAUAGAACAAUACACAGAAAAGAUCAACAUAUCAGAAAAGCAAACAUUUCUAGAUCAAACCAGGAAAUGUAUCACUAUGAUGAAUGUGAGGAGGUUACAGUUUCAGGCACGACGUAAGGGAACAAGCGUUAUUUCUAUACCAGAAAGGGUAAUUGAAAUGGGGAGUGUGUUCGCUUGGAAGCAUGUCACAGGUUAUUGGGGGGUAGAUGUCCCUGGGGAGGAGGCAAUAGUUCAUAGUUACAUCCCUUGUCAAGGAAUAUGUGAGGAUAAUCAAAAGCUUGUGUAUAAUGAUGUAACAAUCCAUAAAUGGAUUUAUAAACUUUGGAGAAAUGUAAAUACAGUAUUAAAACAAAUGUCAACUAUUUCUUAAGAUAAUAGAGUAGGAGAAUUUUAGAACCUGACAUAUAUACAGGUUAUUCUACUUCAGUUCACCUUAAAACAAUUUAUUGUAUAAACAUCAAAUGAAUGGCUUAUUUCACAUAACUUAAAAUAAAUUAAUCCAAAUGUCAUUUCACAGCAUUAUAUAAUGCAAAUGCUACAUGGAAUGAGGAUAAAAUGUUAAAUACA